UGCAACAAUCACAAGCCCACCAGCAACAAUCACAAGCCCACCAGCAACAACCACAAACCCACCUGAAACAACCACAAGCCCACCAGCAACAAUCACAAGCCCACCAGCAACAACCACAAACCCACCUGAAACAACCACAAGCCCACCAGCAACAAUCACAAACCCACCUGAAACAACUACAAGCCCACCUGAAACAACCACAAGCACACCUGCAACAACUACAAACACAACUACAACCACACCACCGAUAACGACAACACCAAGCGCUGCAGUAGUAACAGUCCUUGUCACAUUUACCACCAAUGAAGUUUUUUAUUCUGCCUUAUCAAACCAAUCUACAGUAGAGUACAAAACUCGAUCAGAUAAAGUCAAACGUGAGUUUGAGCCAGCUUUUCGAUCUACAUUUUCAUUUUUCAUUGGAUUGACAGAUGUUCAGUUCAAGAGUGGAUCAAUCAUCACCUCAAUGGAUGCACAAUUUAACAGCACAAUGCAUAAUACAACUGAAGUUGAAUAUACAAUUAGAACUGCUGAAACAACUUUUAAUAUCACCAGUGUAAGUGCAUUUGUCAUAUCGACAACAACUGAGCCCACGACAACAACUCUAAUUACCACUACGACCACAACAACUACACCUGAGCCCACAACAACAACUCCAUCUCCCACUACGACCACAACAACUACACCUGAGCCCACGACAACAACUCCAUCUCCCACUACGACCACAACAACUACACCUGAGCCCACGACAACAACUCCAUCUCCCACUAUGACCACAACAACUACACCUGAGCCCACGACAAAAACUCCAUCUCCCACUACGACCAAAACAACUACACCUGAGCCCACAACAACAACUACACCUGAGCCCACGACAACAACUACACCUGAGCCCACAACAACAACUCCAAUUCCCACUACGACCACAACAACUACACCUGAGCCCACGACAACAACUCCAAUUCCCACUACGACCACAACAACUACACCUGAUCCCACGACAACAACUCCAUCUCCCACUACAACCACAAGCUCCCCCACAACAACAAUAUCUGAGCCCACGACAACAACUCCAUCUCUCACUACAACCACAAGCACCCCCACAACAAUUACAUCUGAGCCCACGACAACAACUCCGUCUCCCACUACAACCACAAGCUCUCCCACAACAACAACAUCUGAGCCCACGACAACAACUCCUUCUCUCACUACAACCACAAGCUCCCCCACAACAACUACAUCUGAGCCCACGACAACAACUCCGUCUCUCACUACAACCACAAGCUCUCCCACAACAACUACAUCUGAGCCCACGACAACAUCUCCAUCUCCCACUACAACCACAAGCUCACCCACAACAACAACAUCUGAGCCCACGACAACAACUCCGUCUCUCACUACAACCACAAGCUCCCCCACAACAACUACAUCUGAGCCCACGACAACAACUCCUUCUCUCACUACAAGCACAAGCUCCCCCACAACAAUUACAUCUGAGCCCACGACAACAACUCCAUCUCCCACUACAAGCACAAGCUCCCCCACAACAAUUACAUCUGAACACACAACAACAACUCCAUCUCCCACUACAAGCACAAGCUCCCCCACAACAAUUACAUCUGAACCCACGACAACAACUCCAUCUCCCACUACAACCACAAGCUCCCCCACAACAACUACAUCUGAGCCCACGACAACAACUCCAUCUCCCACUACAACCACAAGCUCCCCCACAACAACUACAUCUGAGCCCACGACAACAACUCCAUCUCCCACUACAACCACAAGCUCCCCCACAACAACUACAUCUGAGCCCACGACAACAACUCCAUCUCCCACUACAACCACAAGCUCCCCCACAACAACUACAUCUGAGCCCACGACAACAACUCCAUCUCCCACUACAACCACAAGCUCCCCCACAACAACUACAUCUGAGCCCACGACAACAACUCCAUCUCCCACUACAACCACAAGCUCCCCCACAACAACUACAUCUGAGCCCACGACAACAACUCCAUCUCCCACUACAACCACAAGCUCCCCCACAACAACUACAUCUGAGCCCACGACAACAACUCCAUCUCCCACUACAACCACAAGCUCCCCCACAACAACUACAUCUGAGCCCACGACAACAACUCCAUCUCCCACUACAACCACAAGCUCCCCCACAACAACUACAUCUGAGCCCACGACAACAACUCCAUCUCCCACUACAACCACAAGCUCCCCCACAACAACUACAUCUGAGCCCACGACAACAACUCCAUCUCCCACUACAACCACAAGCUCCCCCACAACAACUACAUCUGAGCCCACGACAACAACUCCAUCUCCCACUACAACCACAAGCUCCCCCACAACAACUACAUCUGAGCCCACGACAACAACUCCAUCUCCCACUACAACCACAAGCUCCCCCACAACAACUACAUCUGAGCCCACGACAACAACUCCAUCUCCCACUACAACCACAAGCUCCCCCACAACAACUACAUCUGAGCCCACGACAACAACUCCAUCUCCCACUACAACCACAAGCUCCCCCACAACAACUACAUCUGAGCCCACGACAACAACUCCAUCUCCCACUACAACCACAAGCUCCCCCACAACAACUACAUCUGAGCCCACGACAACAACUCCAUCUCCCACUACAACCACAAGCUCCCCCACAACAACUACAUCUGAGCCCACGACAACAACUCCAUCUCCCACUACAACCACAAGCUCCCCCACAACAACUACAUCUGAGCCCACGACAACAACUCCAUCUCCCACUACAACCACAAGCUUUCCAAAAACAACUACAUCUGAGCCCAGGACAACAACUUCAUCUCUCACUACAACCACAACCUUUCCAACAACAACUACAUCUGAGCCCAGGACAACAACUUCAUCUCUCACUACAACCACAAGCUCCUUCACAACAACUACAUCUGAGCCCAAGACAACAACUCCAUCUCUCACUACAACCACAAGCUCCCCCACAACAACUACAUCUGAGCCCACGACAACAACUCCAUCUCCCACUACAACCACAAGCUUUCCAACAACAACUACAUCUGAGCCCAGGACAACAACUUCAUCUCUCACUACAACCACAAGCUCCUUCACAACAACUACAUCUGAGCCCAUGACAACAACUUCAUCUCCCACCACAACCACAAGCUCCCCCACAACAACUACAUCUGAGCCCAUGACAACAACUUCAUCUUCCACAACUCAAACAACAACUGUAGGUUUGUCUACAACAACAAGCCCACCUUCAACUUUGAGCAAAUUUCAGCAUACAACAUCUAACAUAUCUCCGCCAACAACUAUGACCACAGCUCCGCCAACAACUAUGACCACAGCUCAACAAACAACUACAAGCACAGUUCCACCAACAGCUGUAAGCACAGCUCCACCAACAACCACAGCUGAACAAACAACUACGACCACAGUUCCACCCAAAACUACCACGACAAAACAUCCAACAACAACAAAAACCACACAACGGUCAACAACAAACACAAAACCUCCAACAACAACCACAAAACAUCCGACAACAACUACUACCCCAAAACGUCCAACGACAACAACAACUACUACCCCACCAGUUCCAACACGACCUCCACCGAAAGUAACCGUUCAGGCUGUGAUUUUAGUUGAAUAUAGUCCACAACUUGAAAACACACAAAGUCCUGAAUUUAAGAAGCUUGCAGGAACUAUUAUGCAGUGGUUGGAAGAACUCUAUAGAAGGAUCUAUGGAAUUCGUUUCUCGAGGAUCGUUGUUGUUGCCUUGAGACGUGUUGUCAGAACCCGGAUGUUAGCCAACGUGGAGGCGGAGAUUGAUGUAGUGUUCAAUGAAAACUCACCUCAAUCACUCCCCGACAACGCUGAGAUUGUGGAAGCGCUAAAAGUAGCAGCUAAAAAUGACACCUUCCAAGCAAACCUCCCCAUGCUUGAAAACUCCAUUACUGUGAUCAAAGAGCUGAAGAAAAUCCCUGUGACCUUCUUGACCAAUGGCACGUUUGUGCCAGAGCUCUUAUAUGCAGAAUCAAAUCCAUUUCAAGACAGGGCGUUUAUGAUAAAAGUUUGGCUUGAACCUUUCUUCAUCUCGGAUUAUCGGUCAUCAUUCAGCGUUUUAUAUCUAACCUACUUCAGUUCCUACUCAAGUGAUGUCAAAGCAGUCAUCGCCCCCACCAUCAAAAACGCCAUGAAUCUCAAUUUCGCAUCAAACACCGCUCUACCCAUUGACACCCAGAUCGUGGCCACUAUACUCCGAGCUGCCAACAGCAAUUCACUGCCCUUCAAAAUCUUCCCUUAUUCAAUUGUGGUCAAUGGCAUUGCGUACUCCUCAGCUGAAGUGAGCAGUCACACCAGCAUGCUGACAGCUUCCAUCCUGGUGGUUUUGUCUCUUCUGGUCACACGGUUUGACUGAUUGUAGUCCGACAUGUGCGCUGUGAUGUUUGUUAUUUUUUAGUUGUUUGUCCUUGAAUCUAAAUUAAAUGGGGAAAGGCCGUGCCUCUCCAACAUACCUGUCACUCUGGAAUAGAUAGGCCCCUCCUUUAAAACCCAACAGAACAAUGGCCAUCGUGAAAAAAAAGAUGUCUGAAGAACUAAUUUCUUCCUCUUGAAACCUGCAGAACAGCUUCGAAAAGAAAGACAGUCACGGGACAUGAAAAACACCCACAGAUCAGACGAUGUAGUGAUGAAACUGGACUGCACUUGUCAUUCAUCUGGACAGCAGAUCAUUUGUUAGUUAUGUGUUGAAGUCAUCAUGUGAUGGGGUCUACGGGGUUAAAGCACAUAUUGCACGUCUAUAUUGGGUCCUGCACUUUUCCGCCCUUUUGAAAUAGGAAUGUAAACAUGAGCAUUUCUUCUGAAUCCUUCAGUCAUGGCAAAUGGACGUUAAACCCAAUGGAAGUUUUUUUGUGCCAAAACCCGAAGCAUGAAAAUGUCAACCUAGGUGAGCUUUUGAGACAGUGCCACCUACAGGAAUGACGUUACACAUGACGAUACAAAAGACUUUCUCCCCCUAUAUUCUGGAUUGUGUCUGUUUUACAUAUGUGAUUGUUGAAUUUAGACAAAUAUCUCAGAGUUUCUCUAGUGUUUAUCUUUUUAUAUAAUAACCUCUUCAUCCAAAUGUAUUCUGUGUUAAUAUUGUUCACACUGGAUGUGGUUUUACAAUGUUAAGGGUUCUAUAGUACAGACCCUCAAGUAUUUAUUCUUUUUGUUUUAGGUUUAACAAUACAUUAACCUUAUUUUAAUAUAUGACAUUCUGUAACAUUGUAAAUAGAAAAUAUAUAGAGUAAUAUAUAAAUGCUUUCUCUUGACAACAUAUUUAAGCACAUGUUAUUGAUGUUAGCGCUUCAAACAAAUAAAAUACAU